CAGCCCCCUGCUCAUCCGGGCCUCACCCCUGCUGCGCCCCCUGCCUGCGGGUCACUGUGCUGAUGGCCUAGGCUGGGCCUCUUCGGGGCUCACUGGUGUCAGGGCCAAGCCAAGUGUGCUGGGGAGGGAGAGCCCCCUGGGAGUGGUUCUCCCAGCCUGAGAACUCGCCACCCUGCCCCCUCCUCCCCCCCCAGAGGCCCUGCACCUGGGCACUCUCCUGGUGCGGCACGGCUACCUGUACCCGCUGUGCGACCCCCACAGCCUUGUGCUCCGGCCGGAUGACACAGCCUACAGAUUUCAGACGCCCUAUUUCUGGACAAGCACGCUGUGGCCCGCUGCUGAGCUGGACUAUGCCAUCUACCUGGCGAAGAAGAACAUCCGAAAGCAGGGGGCCCUGGUCGGCCACGAGAAGGAACACUAUGGCCAGCUGCACAGGACGAUCAGCCACGCGUGGGACCUGGUACUUAUGCAAGCCAGAGAACAGCUCCGGUGAGAUCCCGCCCGCGCCCGCGACCGGUGGGCAGGCAGCGAAGCAGCGCAGGAAAGGGGACAGGCUGGUCAUUGCGUGCCAGGAGCAGUUGUACUGGCUGGUGAACAGGCCCCCGCCAGGGGUCCCCAGCGUCCUGGAGCAGGGACCGGAGCGCAGUUCCUGCACUGCUGGGCGGGCGCGGAUGACCAAGAAUACAGAUUUCUACAAGCAGGAGGCCCCACUUCACAGGCCUCACAUCUUAGAUGGAGCGCUGCAGAAAGGCCCUGGGCAGGGCCCGGGUGAAGUCCUCCGUGUGCCUCGAGGCGUGAGUGGGCUGAGGGGUGCCGGCUGGGGACCCUUCCUCCAGUGCCCUGUUCCCACGGCUUGUCCCUGCACGGGCCCCUGGCACCAUCCCCCCACCCCCAGGUACCUGAAGUUCAGCAGCCAGCGUGGGCCGCAUGACCCCAUCAUGUCAGGGUGCCUGCCUAGCAACCCCUGGGUCACAGGUGACGACACCUACUGGACCAUGAACGCACCCAGUGUGGCGGUGCCCACGAGGCUCCGUGUGGAGCGAUGGGCCUUCAGCUUCCAGGAGCUCUUGGAAGACCCUGUGGGACGGGCCCGUUUCAUGGACUUUCUCGGGACAGAGUUCAGUGCCGAGAACCUGAGCUUCUGGGAGGCGUGCGAGGAGCUGCGCCACGGAGGGCAGGCCCAGGUCUGCGCCGCGGUAGAUGCCGUGUACCAGCAGUUCCUGGCCCCUGGUGCUGCCCGAUGGGUCAACAUCGACAGCCGGACGAUGGAGCGGACCCUGGAAGGUCUGCAGCGGCCCCACCGCUACGUGCUAGACGACGCUCAGCUGCACAUCUACGUGCUGAUGAAGAAGGACUCUUACCCGAGGUUCCUGAAGUCUGCUGCGUACAGAGACCUGCUGGCUGAAGCCGUGGUUCCCCCAGAGGCCAAGAAGCGCGUGUUCCCAUUCGCACGGAAGCUGCCGCAUUCAAGCCCCAACCCGGCUCUGCUUCCUGCCUCUGCAUCCGGGGAGCCUGCGGCUGCUGCCCUUGGCCCUGAGUGUGAAGAGGGGGGCGCCUAGGUGGGCACAGGUGCCGGAAGGGGAAGGGGACCGUCCCUACCUCGUGCCCAGAGGGCCUGGCCUUGCUGUGGGGCAGACAGACCUCUUGGGCUCUCACCUUUUCCCUUGUCAAGCCCUGUCCUCCUCAGAAGGAACUGGUCUAGAUGCUGGUGGCCUGGGCCACCUGCAGAGAAGUGGGAUGAGAUGGGCAAACGAGAUCAGGCCACAAAAGCCCCCGACGUUCUGUGGGCUGCACUUCAGGGCUGGGCGCCCACCCCACCUCCAGCACCACUAAACUGCUGGCAAAUAGCACGUGGCCUCCAGCAGCGGCAGCCGUCAGGGAGAAAUGCAGGCCUCGGGGUGGAUUUACCUGCACUCCGCCCAGUGUGACCCUGUGGGGUCCCCACACCACAUCCCCGACUCUGCUGGGACCGCCUCAGCCUUCCGCCCAGCCUGGCCCCGCCCUCCUGUGUCCCACCCCCCACUGCGGCUGCUACUGUGCCCAUCCCACGCCUCGUCCCGCAGGGGCACUUCUGGCCGGCGUCCUCGAGGCUGUGGCUUCCCCACCAGAGUUGCCCAGAGACAGCCCCAAUGUCAUCACCCGGGUGACAGCGGGCCCUAGUUCACGGCCAGGGCAGGCGGAGCCCUUGGGGGAGAAGGGGAAGCCAGACCCAGGGUGAAGGGCAGCUGCUCUGGGAGCACAAGUCUGUGGGGCCAGAGGGAGCAGUGCCCCCUUCCUGCUGCCACCCACGCCCAGCCCAGAAAUAAAAGACCUCGGGCCGCACUCUGA